AUGGCACGACAUUCAAAGAAAGAGGCGAUGCAUGCAAUCUCUUCCAUGGGCUGGAGCAUGUCUUUCGUUUCUUUGCUUGGCCUGGCUGUGAUUUCUGUUCUCUUUGGAGCAAGGAGCACAGAAGCACAGUGUGCAGAAGGGACCUUUGAUGCCACUUGUGUCUGCAUUGAUGAUGCAGAUGAUGGGUGCAGGUUGUCGGGUUAUCAGCGGCAGAGCUGUGCCUGCCAGACAGGGAUUAAUGUGAAAUUGAAAAGAAAUGACACAACAGGUGUCUGGGAGGUGGAUGGGACAUAUCAAGUUAACAGAUCAACCUAUCUGUCUGGAAUCGAAAUCACCUCCAUGGACACAUUCUUGGAAUCUCUGAAGGGGAUGAUGAGCCAUCCUAUUGUAUUGAAGAGCACAUCAGUGGAGUCAUUCCAGCUACCAGAAGACGCUUUGAGAAUUGGGGGUCUUGCCAUUGUUGGAAACAAGUAUUUUACCAGCCUGUCUGGGACUGGGGAUCUUGAACAUGUGAAGGGGGACUUGGACAUAUCAGGCAAUGAGGCUCUUGUGAACAUCACUGGGUUUGACAACCUUACCAUGGUCGACGGAAGACUUUUGAUAGGGAACAAUGAGGCUCUCAUGAGUAUCAGUGGGUUUCAGAACCUUGUUGUGGUGGAUGGGAGUUUUGGCAUCGAAAACAAUCUUGCUCUUCUCAGUAUAUCUGAUUUCAAUGGGCUUACAAAGGUGACUUACAACUUCUCUGUUAGGGGUAGUGCUGGCAUCAAGGACAUAAGUGGCUUCAACAUGCUUGAAAGCGUGGAUGGUGAUCUGUACAUAACUGCCCACAAAUCUCUUGUGAGCAUCAGUGGCCUGGAGAGCCUGCGCAGUGUGAGAGGUAUAGUGUCCCUUCAGUCAAAUCAUAUUCUUAAAGAUAUCCAUGGCUUCAGGGCUCUUGUCAAAGUGGGUGGUUUGCAAAUCCAGAAGAAUGGUGAAGUAUUUGACUGCAAUAGUGGAGACAAGUUGUCAGGUUCUGCACACAUCUCAGGCCUCUCCAGUCUCACUCAGGUGGAUGGAGAUGUGGAUAUAUCUGACAACAAUGCCAUUGCCAACAUCAGCGGGCUGCAGAAUCUGUCCAGGGUGAAAGGAAACCUGCAGAUCAAAUCAAAUGUCAAGCUCACAACUGUGGUUGGCUUCAGCAGACUUGAAACUGUGGAUGGGGAUUUGGUAAUCAACUCAAAUGCAGUUUUUGAUGAUGGCAGUGGAAUGAGUGGCCUGAGAAGUGUGAAUGGCAGUGUGAUAAUAACAGGUAAUGAGAAUCUUUGGAGCAUUAGUUGGUUUGAGAACCUCACAAUUGUGACUGGCAGUUUUGCAGUUCGACAUGGGGUCCAACAUUUGGACACAACAGGACUAAAGAGCCUUAAAAUGGUGGGCAAGGACUUCCACAUUGUGCUUGAUUCUGGGUGUCAACAUGGAUGUUCUAAAUCUCUUGAGGGGUUUGAUACCCUUGAAGAGGUGGGUGGCAAUGUCAAUAUUUCUUGCUCAUGCUUAAAUGGCACAGAACUGAAGGGACUUCAAAAAGUAGGAGGAGAUUUCAUUAUUGAGAAGAAUGAGCUUGUGGACGAUGGCAAUGCUUAUUUCCAGAAUGUCACAAAUGUUGAUGGGAGUCUGAUAGUGGCAUUCAAUAAUGUCACAAGUGGCACAAGGGAUUGUAGUGAGUUUAACAUCCUUGAAGCACUGAAACAAGUGUGCCUUGGGAAGAGGGACACAUCCUGUGGCCUGAGGAUUCAUGGCAAUUCAGGGUAUCAGCAAAUUAGCAGUUUUGGGAACUUGAGCAAGAUUGGAGGAAGCUUGGAGAUCAGCAAUAAUGGUGAUCUUUGCACUAUUCAGAAGUUCUCCAGACUGGAAUUCAUUGGACCAUCAAGGAGGGCUAGUGGUACACCUGCGGACCUGUUCAAUGUCUCUGUAGGCUUUUUUAUUGCCCACAAUCCAAAGUUGGCAAGGGUCGAAGGUUUUGAAGCUCUCAGCAAAAUUGGUGGGUAUCUGGCCAUUGUAGACAAUGCCAGGCUUAGCCACAUCUAUCUGCCAGCCCUGGAAAGUGUGACAUCACGCACGAUCAUACAGUCAAACAUGGAUGGCAGCCCAACCUGGUCUUCAGGUCCAUUGCCAUUUCGAGAGGGAGGUUGCAACUCGUGGGAUGAUAGAGUCCCGCAUGUGGACACAAUGUCUGAUGGUGGACAGGUCUUUGUCACCAGGCUGAGGUCGAUGGCAUGCACAGAGAAACUCCUGUCCAGCCUGUCCUCCUUGGGGGUGGUCAUUGUGAUGGUGCUCGCAUUUCUGAUUCUCCUCUUCUAUGUGGCAAGAGACUUCUACAAUCCCUAUCAAGAGAGGGUGAGUGUGGAUACUCUCAGGGACACAUUUGCAACACACCUGGUUGCAGUGGCUGAUCUUCUCUCAGAUAUGUACUUUAUUGUCAGCGUUUUCCUCCUGAAUGGUGACAAUACAAGUGGCAUUGUUAUUGGAGUGUUGAGUGUCAUGGUGGUGUUCACCUCUAUGUGGUACAAGGUCAUUGCCACAUAUGUUGGACUCACCAGCAAGAAAAUAGCGGAAGACCUUGAGUUGCCUCUCAUAGAUGGUUCUGGGAUGCUUCUUCAGUGUCUGAAUGAGAGCAAAAUGAUGAGGAAAAGUGAUUGGCUUGUCCUAUUUCCUGGCCUUCUUGUGCUUGAUGUCGAGGUUCUCAAGCAUAUGCCAUGGGCACCACUGACCAGUGGUACCAACGAGCAUUCUUAUGCAGGCUUUCCUCACAAAUACUUCAGCAAUGUAGCUUUUCGUGCUGCAUUGUUGGAAGAUGUGCCUCAGAUUUUGCUCCAAAUAGCCUUCAUAGUGACUGUUCAGAAUAGUGAGGGGACAGACAUCAAUGGAGCCAUUGCAUCGCUGACACUGUCUAUCAUUGAUAUCAUGGUAAAGUUUGUGUUUCCUGUGUUUCUGUUGUGGUUUUUUCCACCCCGUCAUCUACGCAGAGUGAAGGCAAGAGAAGUGAGAUAG